UCGAUGAUUGUGUUUUGGCUCUGAAAUAAAACCAGAGAGAGAGAGAGAGCAUGGGUCUCUGUGAUGAGGAUAACGUAGAGGCAUGUAUGCUUCUGAAAGCUGACGUCACUCUGAAACCGUGAUUCAAGGAUCUUUCCUCCACGCCUUUCUCUGAUUUUGACUUCUCUUUUUUUCCCUUUCUCUCUGUCUCUCUCUCUCUCUCUCUAUAUAUAUAUAUAUAUACUCUCGAGUAUCAAUGUCUACGGCUUCUUGGAUUCAGCCUCCUUGUAGAUACUUACCGCAUCGUCGUCGUGGUGGUUCUAAUAUCGCUAAGCGAAGAAGCUCUGGCAUAGCGCGGCAGUUUUCCGGCGUCGUUUCAGCUUCUACUUCUUCUUCUUCAUCGCCGUCCUCCUCGUGCUCUUGUGGCUAUUCAGAGAUUUUGAAUUUUGAUUUCGGGUCUAGCAGAAGCUGGAACCAUCAGGGACUCAGAGUUCAAGCAAUGAGUGCCACAGCUCAACGGAGUUUUUCGCUGUCGAAAGGCGACACCGACGACAAAAAUGAACCUGAUCACCUUCUUGUUCUUGUACAUGGUAUUUUGGCCAGUCCUAGCGACUGGCUCUACGUAGAAGCUGAGAUGAAAAGACGCCUUGGAAGAAGAUUCUUGAUUUAUGCAAGUUCUUCCAAUACCUUCACUAAAACAUUUGGCGGGGUCGAUGGAGCUGGAAAACGACUAGCAGAAGAGGUUAGGCAAGUUGUCCAAAAGAGCAAGAGCUUGAAGAAGAUUUCCUUUUUAGCCCACUCCCUCGGUGGCUUAUUUGCCAGACAUGCUGUUGCUGUUCUUUACUCAGCAGCAAUGUCACAAGACUCUGAUGGUGCUAUAUCUAUAUCUGGGGAUUCACAUCUUCUGCGAGGUAGGAUUGCUGGGCUCGAGCCGAUUAAUUUCAUCACCUUGGCAACACCUCAUCUAGGAGUGAGAGGCAGAAAGCAGCUGCCUUUCUUGUUGGGAGUUCCUAUUCUAGAGAAACUUGCUGCACCAAUAGCUCCGUUCGUUGUUGGUCGGACUGGUAGCCAGUUGUUUCUUACUGAUGGUAAAGCUGAUAAACCACCUCUUCUUUUAAGAAUGGCAUCUGAUGGUGGAGAUCUGAAAUUUUUGUCGGCUCUGGGGUCGUUUCGAUGUCGCAUCGUCUAUGCAAAUGUAUCUUAUGACCACAUGGUUGGUUGGCGUACAUCUUCCAUACGGAGAGAAACUGAACUUUUCAAGGUACCCUCACGUCGGUCUCUAGAUGGAUACAAGCAUGUUGUCGAUGUAGAAUACUGCCCACCUCUUUCCUCAGACGGAGCCCAUUUCCCUCCAGAGGCUGCUAAAGCCAAGGAAGCCGCACAAAGCUCGCCUAGUCCUCAGAACACGCUUGAGUAUCAUGAAAUAGUGGAAGACGAAAUGAUCCGCGGUCUGCAGACUUUAGGGUGGAAGAAAGUUGAUGUCAGCUUCCACUCUACUUUCUGGCCUUACUUAGCUCAUAACAAUAUUCAUGUGAAAAGUGAAAGACUUUACAAAGCAGGAGCUGGAGUUGUUGCGCAUGUUGCAGAUACCAUAAAACAGCAAGAGUCUUCCACGUUUAUUGCCGCCAGCUUAUAAACUGUGCAAGUCUUCAAGUUCCUUCCCGCCGCAGACAUUUUAACCAAUAGUGUUGUUUCUUUUUUCUUUCUACUAUACAGAUUGGGAGAUUGAUGCGGAUCAAGAUCGUUUGCAUUCUUGAUUUUUUGUUUUUUAUAUAUAGCGAAAACAGAGGAAGUACAAUCCAAUUCAUCUGUACAUUAUUUUCUUGUAAUAGCUUGGUGAUAGAUGAUACGCCACUUUAAAGAUGUUAUAUAUAUAUUCAGCAAUUCAGCU